AUGUUGAAACAAUACAGGGACUCACAUUUAAAUUUCCAUUACCCUCCCUUCUCUCCGCUCGUCCAAACGCAUUAUUCCAACGCUCUUUUGCUCUCGCACCUGCUCUUACUUUUCCUCCAACCAGUUCCACUCUCGCUGCCUUCCCCCCCUUCUCUCUCUCUCUCGAGCAAAGAACAGAUAUACACAUCAUCGCAAAGAAUCAAAUCAAAUCACCUCGCUUUCCUUCCCUUCACUUCAUUCCAUCCCAGCCAAACAAACAAUCUAUCAAUCAAUCAAUCACUUCGUAUCUAUCUUGAACUCUAUAUAUAUCAAUACCACACUCGCCUUGCUCAUCUCAUCUCAUCUCAUCUCAUCUCUUCUCUUCUCUUCUCUUCUCUUCUAUAUUUUGAUCUGGCUCUCAUAUCCCCCCAACACCAAAGGUUCAUAAACUAUCUAAUCAAUCACUUCACACCAUGUCUGCCAACGAAUACUACGGCAACUCAAACAAAAAAGAAUCAGUAUGUUAUUAAAUAUAUUCAUUUGUCUUUCUUCCUUCCCUCAUCCCCAUCCCAAUCACUAACUCUCCCUCCACCCCAUAUAUCUACAGUACUCUCGUCCAGGUGCUCCUCCCCCAGGCCACUCACAACCUCCUCCUCCACAAGGUUACGACAACUCAAGAGGAUACCCUCAAUACCAACAGCAACCUCCACCACAACAAUACUACCAGCAACAACCUCCACCACAACAGUACUACCAACAACAACCUCCACCACAGCAACAACAACAACCUAUAUACGUACAACAACAACCUCCUCAAAAGGGUAA